AAAAAAAAUAAAUUAUUAAAAAGCAUCAAGAUGCAGUAAAGCAUUUUGACAAUGAAAUGCUAUGCACAGUUCCAGUGAAUAAAAACAAAUUUUAGGAUUUUUAAAACAUAAAAGAAAGUAAACAUCAAAUGCAAAUUUUUAGGCAACGUAGUAAGGACAAAAAACAUAAUUUAAGAAACAGUAGGAGCAGUAGGAUUCCGUGUGGGACACUAGGUUGUAACUAAGUUUACAAGAUAUUCAUCAAAGACCAUUGGAUCCCUCAAGGCCCCUCUGCCAUUCAUCGAAAUCUUCUUUGCUUGGUUAAUGCAGUCUUAGUAAAAGCACGCCUCGUCGCACAUCGUUGUAUUAGACACGAGGAGGAAAUCCUCAUAUGGCGGUGCUCAGGUUUCUUUGUCAUUAUUCUAAAUCUACACUGAACUGCAGCUUACUUAAGAAUUUAUUCAAUAUCUUUGCUGUUGCUUUGGUUUUCAGUUUUAACUGUAGCACGUCUUGCUUUGGAUCUUUGCAACAGAGCAAGUGUCGUACUCCCUGACUUCUUCAAAAGUAACACCGGGUUAUUCUGGAAAGAUUCGAGCUUUUGCACAGAUCAUGCUGCCUGCACCUGAGUUAUAUCGAUGAUAAAGGGUAACUUGUAAGAGACUUUGAUGGACGACUGUGGCACUUUAAAAUAAAAUAAUUGCAAUGGUUGACGACGAUUCAAAACUGUUCUUUACAGCACUCUAAAAUAAUUGUCCCCAUUAAAUUAACCGGGACAAGAGAUUUAAAACCGAACAAAAGAAACUCGGGGCUUUAAAUUCCCGCGCGUGCGUACAAAUGAGGAAAGUCAUUUGUUUCAAUGCAGCUGUGCAUAAUAUUAGUGAAGGACGUUUAAGCAUGCUCUUUUCGCGGCUGCCUCCUGAACAGAGAGCGAUACAGUAGUAGAGACACUUUGUGGCAGGAAGUCGGUAUUACCCGAUGUUACCGGCUUCAGUUUAGCUUGAACUCCCGAGUGGGAGCUCACAAUCUGGCAGAGAGGAAAGGGAGGGAGUGAAUGAGAUUCACCGCUGGCGCUGCUGCAGUGAGUGCCUGUGUGAGACCGUGAGGUGGAGUUUCUAUGCGCCCGGGACACGCACUAAGACUCCAUAAUUUUCUGCAUAUAAAGAAAGAAUCUCAGGUGGUGACGAGAGGGCGUAUAGGAGUGAGAUAUACCAACUUGUGGAAUGGUACGGCAGCAACAACCCGGCACUCAACGUCAGUAAGACAAAAGAGCUGAUUGUGGACUUCAGGAAGGUGAAGAUGGCCACAGAUCAGCACAAACUUUGGAAGAGGCUGAAUCACUGACAGCAACCUCUGGAUAUCUGUGUUAAUCAGCACAUGUGACUCAUUUGUGUAAAUUGACUUCAACCAUUUUCAUACUACUUGCAAGCGCUUCUUGUGCAGCUAAGCAACCAUGGUCAUCAAACAAGGUUUACUGGAUUGCUACAUACUAAUCCUGGCUCCAUGUAACCCUUAGUACUAGUGCUGGGCGCUGCUUCAGCAGUUCUGUACAUAGCUUGGGGUUCUUUAUAUCACACUGAAGGCAUCACUUUAGCUUCACCUUACCAAAAGCUGUGCACCCUAUACAGAUGAAUGAAGACCCCAUUUGGGAAGCGAUCCAGUCAGAGGUUAUCAAUUGAUGCAGCAGGUCUUCCUGGUGUGUCUGGUAAUAUGAUGAAGAAGAAAAGUAAUCACAGGAAACAUCGUAGCAACGUGGGGCCAAGCAAAACUGUAACUCAUUCACGACGAAAUAUCGUGGGUUGCAGAAUUGAACAUGGGUGGAAAGAACAAGGCGGAAUUACACAAUGGAAAGGCACAGUUUUGGAUCAGGUUCCAGUAAAUCCGGCACUUUACCUUAUCAAAUAUGAUGGAUUCGACUGUGUAUAUGGACUUGAACUUCACAAAGAUGAGAGGGUGUUAGGAUUUCGGGUCCUCCCAGAUAGAGUUUCCGCUUCUCGAAUCAGUGAUGUAGAUCUGGCAGAAAUGAUGAUAGGCAAAGCAGUUGAGCACAUGUUUGAGAAAGAUGAUGAUGGGGCUAAAGAUGAAUGGCGGGGAAUGGUGCUGGCACGUGCUCCAAUCAUGAAUACGUGGUUUUAUAUCACCUAUGAAAAGGAUCCCGUCUUGUACAUGUACCAGCUUUUAGAAGACUACAAAGAAGGAGAUUUACGAAUUAUGCCUGACUCAAAUAACGAUUCUCCACCAGCUGAGAGAGAACCAGGAGAAGUAGUAGACAGCUUGGUGGGUAAACAAGUGGAAUACGCCAAAGAAGAUGGCUCAAAGAGGACUGGCAUGGUCAUCCACCAAGUAGAAGCCAAACCAUCAGUGUAUUUUAUCAAAUUUGAUGAUGAUUUUCACAUUUAUGUUUACGAUUUAGUAAAAACUUCUUAGAUGCACUCCAUAAUAUAAUGGGAAGGCCAUAUUGGCCUGUACGUGAACUAAUUCCAUAUGUGGACAUUGAUAAACUAGGCUUCUAGAAGUCCAGUAGAUGUGUAAGCUCAUAAUCUCUGCCAACGGAAGUUUGAAUCAGAUAAAUGGUUCUAUAAAUAUUUCCAUUUAUGAUGGUAUGAACGCAAGAUGUUUUUUUUUGCAGAAGGAAGUCUUAAACCAGUAUUUAAAAGAAAUGGAAACAAGAUUUCCAGUGCACUUUGUCACAAAUGUGCUAGAAGAUAAUAAACAUGAGCAAGGGUUUGGCAAUAGAGUGAGUAAAUAUAGUAGCAUAAAUUUCAACUCGACUUAGCAAAACAAUCACCUGAAUUGGGGAGGAAAAACAGUGGUGAGGGAAGAGAGUAAUGGACUGGUCAUUGUCUUAUAGCUCAUUUCUAUUUAACAUCACAUUUGAGGAUUGUGACUCUUAUUUGAAGUUGAGCACAUCUUUGGGCUCAGAGUAAGCUGAAAAUUUAUUAAUAUUUUACUGUAUAGAAUUAGAUCUUCUUUAUGGCCUGUUGCAGUAAUAUUAAGAAGUGGAGUUCAAUAUUUUUCAUAAAGCCUUUUCUUUCAAAAUGAACAUAAUAAAUGUCAUAAAUUAGCCAUAAUUUGUUAUGUGGUGAACAGUGCAUAUGUCUGAAGAAAUUAAUGAGAUAAAGGAGUAAGGGGUAUAGAAUAAUUUGCUAAUCUUUGGGAAAGCUUGACUAGUAUGUCAUUGAAGUAGUAAGUUUAAUUUUUUUUGUGAUAUAAUCAUCAUGGCAUUAUCCAUCCCAGUUGCCCUGAAAAGAUGGCAUACUGUUGAUUUAAACUGCUGCCUUCCACAUGUUAAAUAUCAGCAGUUUGAUUCAAGUGAACGCCUCCUCAAGACAACUUGGUGAAGCAUGUUGUUGAACAUAAACCAGCCAAUCUGGAUCAAGUUUGCAGGUUCCUGCUCUAAAGAACAUUUUAUGACCAUGUAACAGCUUUGGGUUUACUUUAAGCAAUAUUGGUUUCAAAUUUAAUACAAUCUUCUGAUUACCAUCAAGAAAUUAUCUAAAAACACCCAAUGUUAUUUUGUAAAUUAUAACUUGUACAGUUUUUCUUAUUUUACGUAGCUAAUUUUUGGUAUGCAUUUUAUCAACAAUGGAAAAAGAUACAUUUUUACCCUAAAAUGGUAGUUAAUUGACUGCAUAUUGUAAACAUUUUCAUUCAAGUGUAAUAAUUUGUCAAUUUAAUAACUGUAUUUUCUAUUUCUGCUGCUUGCUUACUGUUUUAUUUAUCUUUCUCUACCUUUUCUCAAACCUUUACUCCAGUCCAUCCCAUCUCCUUUAUUUUCUGCACGUGUGCACUCCUAAAUCCAAAAUCCAACCCUUCAGCAUUCUUCACCACCCAAUUCUUCAAUGUGUCGCAGGCUUCACUGCAUUUCCAUAAUCCCACACAAUUUCUCUGCCUCUUGGUAUUCUCCAAAGAGACUGACUAGACUCUUAACUGCUUUCUGUGUAAUUGCCAAAAACUGAGUGGCCUACAGGAACUAUUCUUUCAUCCUGUUUCCUGUCCCACUGCCUCUUCCAAAGAUAACUUUAGGACUUUGCCAAUGAACCAAUUAUCAAUAUCUAAUUCUACAUUUCACCUCAGAAUGUUUGCCCACUUGUGAAUAAGUUUGUUAACAUUUGUGAGUUUAAUGAGAAUGGGUGUAUUGACAUCAUGAUUUUGAUGGCUGAGGGGUGUUCACAGUUCCCCUUAAAUCUCUGCCAAAUUUAGCUUUCCACAGAUGGCAUCAACCAGACUCCCUUUCUGGUGAUCCAACUUUUUCCACUAAUUUAUACCAUGGCCAUUGUGCCCUCUAGCAUUUCCUCUAACUUUAAGCAUCUUGCCACCUUCUCCCUGUCUUUGAUUUUGUCCCACCCCCUGAAAGACUAUAUCCUAGUUACAGCUCUAUUUGAAAAUCUCCAAUCAGUACAGCUUUUUGUCCGACUUUUACCACCACACUUCUGCAGUUAUUCACCUGUUCAACUUGUAUCCACUUUCUUUACUGUUCUAAGUUGUCCUCCUGUCAGGUGACAACACACUAUUGACUUCUUAAUUUUGAAUCCCUUUACUGUUGUUUACUUUGUGGCCUAGAGGUAUCUGCACACCUCCAGUUCUAACAUCUUGUUCAUUUCUGCUUGCUAAUCUCCAACCUUUGGUUACUGUGGCACUCCCCACCCCCCCCCCCACCAAAUGUCUUCAUGUUUCCUUUUUCAUUAGAAGUUCACUUAAGAAGUACCUUUUUGACUCUCUGCCCAAUAGUUCUGUUAUGAAUUGGUGUCAGUUUUAUUUGAUAAUUAUCUGCAGUGCUCCUGAGAUGUUUUAAAUUGCUUAAAGUGCUAAAAUUUGCUCUGUUGUUACUGCACAGUUUAGCUGAAAUAAUUCCUAUAAGUAUCAGAAACCGAUUUGCCUCUAGCUGGAUGAAUAUUGAUUGUCAAAUUUGAAUAAUUUAUGUAAUUUAUAUAACAUCAAGGUAAGACUUCGUUAAAAAUAAGAGCCCUUUAACAACUAAACAUUAUGUGAAACUUUUGCAUCAUAUUUGUACUUUCUAUAAUACUCCAUCGUAAACCUUGAAUUCUGUCAUUGUACAGUAGGUGACAGUAUUGUAGAUAUUAAACUGCAGUUCAAAUGGUGACAUAAGAAGUUGCUGCUUAGACCUUGCUUAUGGGUCUUCAGUAAUUGUGUGCUUUCAUUCAGUCAAAGGAAAUUGUAAGAGGUCAAGUAUGUUGUCAUUGGUUGGAGAAGCAGUCAGAAGUUUUCUCCCUUGAGAUUCUUUGAAUACCUCAUCAGAGGAAUGCAGGAAAAUUACCUGUACUAAGAAUAAUAAGGUUUAUUGUGCAGUAAGAAAGGCAGUGCAACGAAAGAUGAUUUUUAUCCCGGUUAGGAUAUUUAGUGUUACAAUAUCUGAUGGCAUAACAAAUUGUUGAUAAGUUCAAAUUUUUGUAUUGCCACUGAGUAACUAUUUUUGAAAUAUUACCAAUGUUGCAAUCGUGAGAGGUAAACAGGCUAGACACUAUAUGAUUUUACAAAAAUAUUUAUAAUCUAUUUUAAUAAGAAAUGCAUGGUCAAGUUUAUUAAUUUGCAGUAGUCUUUCCUUUUUAUUUUCUCCUUUAAAAUUGAUCAGAUUGAGAACAUUUAUAGUCAGUGUUGCUCUCUAAAGAAUAUUAUUAGCAAACGGGAGAUAUUUCAUACCACUCCCAGAUCUAACAUCUGCCUGUGUUUAAUCUCAAUAAUUUAAAACAUUAAUGCUAGUGUUCCUAAAUUUAAUAGUGGAUAAGCCAACAAUUUUAGUUUCCUUGGGUAUUUUGGAAACAUUGCAUAGGUUACCUAUACCAUGACAGUGCAAAUUGAAAUAUUUAGCCUCUAACAUUGGAUAUCCCUGCUGUAGUAUUUCAAAUUGUGUAUUUAUCCUAUAACAGUUGCCAAUCAUAUGACAUGAAUACUUUUUAUUUACUGUUCCAAUUUUUUCUACAGCUUUUAUUGACAGCUGUUAAUUACACCAGAAUAUAAUUCCAUGAGCACUGCUGGAAAUCCAAUAGUUUCUCCAAGUAAUAAUUAGAUUUAAAAUGCAUUAAUAUUGGCUGGAUAUUGAAGUAUGAAGAGGCAUAAUCUAAACAUUCAAAUCAGCUGCCAGGGAAUGAACAUUUGCCAUAUCUGGCUCUGUAUUAGUCCCUCAAUUGAAACUUACUGCAAAAUGCUUGUAAUGAUUUUUACAAUUGGUUUUAGCAAACAGUAGAUUAACCUAAAGUUUUCCUGGUGUGUACACCAUUAGUAGUUGUAAGAUUCUCCAAAAUAAAACUGGUACCAAUUUGUGUGCCUAAAUACUUCUCAAGCAUCAUAAACACCAUGCUGGAACUAGUCCUAUGUUUGUUGCUCCUUCUGGGAUAUGAAGCAAAAUAUGAUUCAGUGUUAACUUUUGAUUUGCCAGUUCCAAUAAUCUGAGCCAUAGAUUUUAAUUGACUAUAUAUAGUUUUGGCAGCACAAUGCCUGUUUGGUUAAUUCUUAGUGUACAAAUUAUUUCCAUAGCUUCUGAUGUAAAUAGAACUGCUUUUUUUUUGUUUCAAAGCUGUUAAUGCAAUGAUACGUCAGUUAUGAUUUAAAGGUGUUUGGCUUGUGUUUCUAUAUUUAGUUAAUGGAAUUUAGAACACUGAAAUAAGCCACUUAAAUCUGAUAUGUUAAAAGAUGCUUUUUUUUUUAACUCAUAGACCUUUCAAAACCCUCAUUCUCAAUGUUUGUUAUCAAAACAGGCAAAAGCAGCUACCUAGCUUUUGCUGUUAAACUAGCAGUCAUUUUCAAUAACUUAUGAUACAUUUUCUAUGAGGUCUGCCUUUAAAGUACAACAUUCUUUGGGUUUUCUGAAUCAGGAUGAUAAUUUUCACUUUAAAGAACAUGUUAACCAUCUUCCUAAGUGCUUGCUUUAUUUAUUCAAGUUAUUUCUUCUCUUUAGCCUUGUCCAUAAACACAUUACAAUUUUAUUCUUCAGUCAUCAUUGUGCAGGUAUUGUAAUUCAACCAGUAUUCUAAUGUGAGCAACCAAAGGCAGAUCAUAUGUUCUUUUUAGACUAUUUAUGUUAGCAAAUAGAUUCUUGUAUACUUUUUUUAUGAACCACUCUUUAACCUAACCCAAGUCUGUUUUGUUAAUAUAUGUAAACAAUUUCAUACUACAGUGUUGGCAGAGUUUCUGCAAAUGUUGUCACUUUGUAAAUUUAAUAGAAUGCAAUCUUUAAGGUUUUAGGUCUAACCCCUAUUUACAGUUGAAAUAAAUUUGAAGUCCUUCCUAAGACAAAUUGGGCAGAGAUCUUUAAAUCUGAAAAUGAAGUAAUGAGUGACAAAUUGACUUUCAGGUUUAGAUGCAGUGCAGACAUGACCCUGGUUAAGUCUUUUUCUGGGAGCCAACAGUGCUAAAAUUUUCUUGGGGCUUGUGAUUAUAAGUGACACAAUCUUGGAUAUGUAAUAAAAAUAGUUGAUCAUUUAACUUGGGCUAUAUACUAUGUGAAGUACAGCUUCUAUAUUGUGAUCUUUUAAAUGCAAUGUGUUUUUCUGCAUGUUCUAAAGUUAGAGCCAUUUCACAUAACCAGCUUUGCAUGUAGAACUAUAUUUUAGUUUGUCUGUUUGCUUAUUGUAUUGUCUGAUUGUAAGCUAGGCUGAAAUGUACUGGUUUUAGAGCAGUGCCAAUUGUUGUGGCUUAUAUCGUAAAAAGGACCAUACUUUUUUAUUUUCUGAGUGGCGGGUUCUCGGGUGAGGGCAAGUUGUGGUAGGGAAAAUUUACCAAGGGUUGCUUGUGAAUUAAUAUCAAAAGAACCUAGGUUUAUUCAUUAAAACAUGCAACCCUUCUUGGAAUGUAUCUUGGACCUAUUGAAGUGUCAAGUUUUCAAUAGUCUUGAAAUUUUCAUUACUCAUUGGCAUUUAAGCGAAUGAGCCUUUUGUUAUUAAUUGCAAUUCACAGGAUGAGCAUUUAUUGAUACCUUUGCCUUGAGCAAUUGUUUUAUUUAAUAUAGACUCAGCAAAUAUAACACCAUGCAGCCUUAGUUUAGAAGGAGGCAUAACAAGUGUGUAUAUGCACACAUUUAUACAAGGGUAAGUUUGAUAAUGGGCCUUCUGAUAUGACUUGAUUUUACAAAUCAAAGUCCAAUAUUUCCACAAUUACAUUUUGGAAAUAUUCUUUAAUGAGAUGGGGGGAGGGGAAACACCACCAUUAGAGUACAAUGUACAAUUACAAAUGUAUGGUCCUUUAUUAGUUAGUGUUUUUUUUCAAAAAAAACUACUCAGCAUAAAUGUACCAUUGAAAUGUAAUGUUGAUGUUUGCUUCUGGAAUUAGGCAAAUUUUCAGAUGUAUAGACAUUGUAGAUCAUGUUGCUGUAAGCCAUUAGUUCUAUCAACAUCUUUAAAAUCUUGUGUAAGUUUUUUUAUAAUGUUGUAUAAAUAUAAAAAUAAAAAAGUGCAA